GCUACGUGUUUUACGUAGGCGACCGCAUGACUACUUGCUCGCAAUUAGGAAGUACUAGCACACAAGCAGUUCUGUUGGGGUGAAGAAGAUGGAGUGGUUGGCACUGUGUAUUUGUUUCCUCCUCUGUGGUCUAUCUCAGAGUAAGCCACAUGCAUUCAAGGACAGGAACUGCAUUGAUCCAGAGGUCAACAUGAACAUUAGUGAGAUCAUCAGGCGCUGGGGCUACCCUGCUGAGGAGUAUGAGGUGGUCACGGAAGACGGCUACAUCCUCAGCGUCAACAGGAUCCCACAUGGCAUCCACAGCAAAAAUGGGGACGAUCCCAGACCGGUGGUGUUCCUGCAGCACGGGCUGCUUGCCGCGGGAAGUAACUGGGUGACCAACUUGCCCAACACCAGCCUGGGGUUCACGUUGGCAGAGGCCGGCUUCGACGUGUGGAUGGGGAACAGCCGAGGCAACACCUGGUCAAUGAAGCAUGUUAGUCUCACCCCUGACCAGGAUAAGUUCUGGGCAUUCAGCUAUGAUGAAAUGGCCAAAAAAGACCUUCCUGCAGUCAUCAACUACAUCACCAAGGCCACUGGCCAGGAGCAGAUCUUCUAUGUCGGUCACUCUCAGGGAACAACCAUCGCCUUCAUUGCGUUCUCCACCAUGCCUGAGCUGGCCAGUAAGAUCAAGAUGUUCUUUGCCCUGGCACCUGUGGCCACCGUGUCGUUCACUGAGAGCCCCAUGACCAAGUUGUCCAUCCUCCCUGAGUUCCUCAUCUGGGAUAUCUUUGGCGACAAGAACUUCUUCCCGCAGAACGAUCUCAUCAAGUUCUUUGCGACCAAGUUUUGCUCAAAAGAGCCGCUCAACAUUCUGUGUGGAAACAUCUUCUUCCUGCUCUGUGGCUUCGAUGAAAAUAAUCUCAACAUGACAAGGACGCCAGUGUACACAACUCACUGCCCUGCUGGAACCUCAGUGCAAAACAUGGUCCACUGGGCCCAGGCUGUGAAACAUGGGAAGCUGAUGGCUUACGACUAUGGCAGAAAAGGAAACAUGGAACAUUAUAACCAGACCACCCCACCUCUCUACAACAUCCAGGACAUGAAGGUACCUACAGCCCUCUGGUCUGGUGGCCAUGACACCCUUGCCGACCCCAAGGACAUCAGUGUGCUCCUCACGCAGAUCCCCAACCUGGUGUUCCACCGCGACAUCCCGCACUGGGAGCACCUGGACUUUAUCUGGGGCUUGGAUGCGCCGCAGGAGAUGUAUGGCGACAUGAUCAAACUCAUGAGACAGAGUCUGUGAAGACCCAAAGUGUGGCGCCCUACUCUAUUUCAUGCAGAGGUGUAAAAGUUUGGCUUUAGAAAGUAGAAGUCCUACCACACAUUGGCUCCAGCCACUCACUAAACCAGCUGAUUCUAAUUGGCACAACUCGUCAGCCAGUGUUGCGGGAAGUGUUGGACGGGCCCCACUGGUGGGGAAUAGAGACAUGGCAGGUGGGGCGUGAGGAAAUUAGUUUUUUUUUUCUAAUUUUAAUAAUGCCUUUCUUUUUUGACAAGGAAGAUCAUAGAUUCAAAACAAAUAGCCACACACAAACAUAGGAGUCAUAAACAGACCGACAUAUGAAUUCAAAUAACAUCUGAUCCAGCAGAUCGAGACGGGAAAUGUAACAUAGAACCAAAACGCGAAAAAAAAACAUUUUGCCGGGUGGACAGAAAAAGUUUGAGAACCACUGAUAUAAGAUAAUUAGUGGAAACCAAUAUGACUUUUACUUUCUAAAGCUGGACUUUCACACCUCUGCUUUCAUGCCUCAUUAUUUUUUUGUUAGAUCCACUGUCAAGGUCAUUGGUUGCUAUACUGAGGGACUUUGAGUGUCGUUAAAUAGUAGUGUGUAA